AGCUGGGAGAGCAGUGGAACGCGAGCGACUGCAUGCUGGCCACGUGCGUGGGGCCCGGCCCUCAGGUGACGAUGGCGAAGCGGUCGUGCUCCCCGCCGCCCGCCCCCGCGUGCGACUCCGGGCGCAAGGCCGUGCGAGUGGACGAUGCCGACGGCUGCUGCUACCGCUGGGAGUGCGACUGCCUCUGCACGGGCUUCGGAGACCCCCACAUGCGCACGUUCGACGGAGCCACCUACACGUUGCUGGACCCGUGCAGCUACGUGCUGCUGCAGGAGAAGCGGAAGACCUACGACCUCUCCGUCAGCGCCGACUACUUCGACUGCGACGCCCGCCACCACGUGUCCUGCCCCCGCACGCUCGUCAUCGCCUACAAGGGCAACGAGCUGCGUGUCGGCCUGGCCUCCGAGGUCGACUUCGCCCUGCGCAAGAUCCAGCUGAACGGGCAGACUAAGAAGGCUCCGUUCACCGACAAGGGCUUCCAGGUGACGUCGGUGAAGACGGACGACUUCGUGGUGAUCGCCGACGUCCGAGUCAAGAUCCAGUUCAACGGCCUGGGCUUCCUCAUCGACGUCCCCAGGGAGCUGUUCGGAGACAACACGGAGGGACAGUGCGGCACGUGCAACAACCGCCGAGGUGACGACUGUGCGGGUCGCGACGGGGCGUCUCGCUCGGCCGACUGCUGCACGCGAGCGGCCCAGGACUGGCUCGUGGCGGACGCCUCCACGCCGCUCUGCGCCAGGGCGGUGCCGCUGCCUCCGGGCGCCGGCUGCGAGGUGCCGCCGGUGGUGCCGGCCGGUGGUGCCGGCCGGUGGUGCCGGCGGUGGUGCCGGCGGUGGUGCCGGACAGGACCUGCGCCGACGCCAAGAUCUGCGACGGGCUGAUCCUCCAGACGUUCUCCGCUUGUGCCUCCACGGUGGACCUGGCCCCGUUCCGAGCGGGCUGUGCCUACGACCACUGCGUCGCCAACCGCCCGCCCGUCGACUGCUCCAGUGCUCAGGUGGCCGCCGCCGAGUGCGGCCGCG